AUGACGGACGUGUUUUCUGUAGCGGAAUCGUCCAGUCACCGUGCCAGCCACAAGAGCGAGACCCUUGCGAAAGAAUUGAAAGAGGCCCAGGACACCGCACUAAAUGAGAAAGCGGAGCUGGAGCGAAGACUUCGGACCCUCCAAGACCAGAACCAGUCCCUGCAGGAAGAUGUCGACGACACCAAAGCGCAACUGCUCGACCAGGAACGACAGUCCAAAUAUCAAAUCAACGAGCUGGAAACGAUCCGAUCAUCGCUCCAAAAAACACUCGAGGAGCUGCAGAACGACCUCCAGACUGUACGAAGUGACAUGAAUACCACUCAGGCAAAGUUGCAGGAACGGGAAACGGAAGUCGCAAACCUGGAAUCGGAAAAUCUCCGCCUGAAAGCCGAGGGCAGCGACACGGAGGCACUGUCCGUUCUCAAGCGGGAGCUGUCGGACCAGGUCAAUCACAUCAGAAACUUGGAGACUACAAAUCGUGAACAGACGAUCGAGCUACGCCACCUGCGGAAGGUGCAGAAGAAUGUGGAGGUGGUAGAGGAGCAGAAGCGAUCGUUGGAAAACCAGCUACAACUCAUGAAGGGCGUGGAGUCUGAGCUAGGGACCGCUCAGAUUCAGAUGCAGAUACUCGAAGACGAGCGACGGUCCUGGACCAGCCUCUUGCAGGAUAAUGACCAGCCCGCGGAGCUUGACUCUCCGGAAGCGGUGGUCAAAGCUCUGCUGCAGGAACGGAUCGAGAAAGCUACCCUUGUUGACAAGCUGGGCAGCAUCGAGGCCGAAGCCCUGGAGAAGGAGGAGCAGAUCCGAAGCCUGGAAGCCGAGAAGACCACCCUGCGCCAGGAACUCGAGAAUAUUCGCACAACUGCCUCUGCAGCCGGCGGAGCCGCCGCAGAAAGCCGCGCAAAGUCCCGCCUGGAGAGGCAGCGCACUCUUGCCAUCAAGGAGGUCGAGUAUCUUCGUGCCCAGCUGAAGACCUUCGACACCGAAGAGGAGACCAUGAAUGCCGAACAGAGUCAGUUCGACCAGCAGAAAUCCGAGCAGAUCGCCACAUUGGAGAAGCUUGUCGACGAAUACAGAGCCGAACUGGCCAAGGUCCACGAGGAGCUUUCUCAGCGUGAGUCGGCGGCAGAGACGCAGCAGCCGCAGCAGCCGCCGCAGCAGCAGCAAGACGAGCCUCGCGGCGUCAAGCGGCCCCUCUCACCAGCCGAAAGCGACGCCGAGAGCGAACGCCUGUCCAUCCUGGCCCGCAAGAACCGCACCCUGCAGGACACGCUCACCAAAUCCGAGCAGGCCACGACGCUCCUGCGCAAAGAGCUGGAGGCCGCCAAAUCGCAGCUGCGAUCCCUCAAGGCCAAGUCGCGCACGCGCAUCCUCGAACUGCGCGACAACCCCACCGCCGAGGCCGAGAACCUGAAGAUGUCGACCCUCCGCAUCCUGAAAGCCGAGAACCAGGAUUUGCUGGCGCAGCUGCGCGGCGGCGGCAGCAGCAACAUCACCAACGCGGACGUCCAAGUCGUCCCUGUUAGCACCCUCGAGAGCAUGAAGCUGGACAUCCAGGACAUGGAGCGGGCCGUCGCCGACAAGGAGAAGCGCAUGCGCCGCCUGAAGGAGAUCUGGACGGCCAAGUCCUCCGAGUUCCGCGAGGCGGUCGCCUCCCUCCUCGGCUUCAAGCUGGACUUCCUCCCCAACGGCCGGGUGCGCGUGACCUCCAUGUUCCAUCUCUCGCCGGCAUACCGGCACGGUGGCGGCGAUGGAGGCUCGUCGGACUCGCAGGGACCCGGCAGCAUGGGCAACGGCGAGGAGAAUUCGAUCAUCUUCGACGGCGAGAAUGGGACCAUGAAGAUCUCGGGGGGUCCGAAUAGCCUCUUCGCGAUGGAGAUCCGGCCUCUGGUGAAGUUUUGGGUCGAAGAGCGCAAGGAUAUCCCCUGCUUCCUGGCGGCCAUGACGCUGGAUUUCUACGAUAAAACGACCCGGGCCGCGCGCAUGUAG